AUGGAUGAACUAAACGAGUUUUACAAAAAGGUUCAAAUGUACCUUAUGAAGAAGAGCCAAGAAUGUGGAGAAUUAAAAUUGCUGACUUCUUGCAUAACCAAUGAAAAUAGUAAUCACAUUGAUGAUAUAUGUAAAUCAAUGGUGAAUAUAUUUGAAACAUACAGCAUAGCUGUAUCAGAGAAAGCUUUGAUAAACAAUGAAAAAUGUGUACAAUCAUAUAAAUACCUAUUAUUAAAUACAAAUUUCAAACAUCAAGAACAUUUGGCAGAAGAUAUUAUUAGUGGACAUUUGGUUGAUAUGUGUCCACUUUUAUCUCCAUAUUUGCUUAUACAAAUAUUAUGGCAUUUAGAAUAUGAGAAGAUUUUAAUCGAAUCCCUUUUAUAUAUGCCAUUUGAUUUGUGUACAGAGGUUUUUGAAAUAAUUACAAAAUGUAUAGAUAAAUUACCUUUUCAAAGAUCAGUUAAUAGCAUAUACCAGUUGAUGAUUAUUGUAUACUCUAAAUUUUUGCAAUUGAAGAAAAUUGGUAUACAGUCUACAGAUGUUGAGAAUAGCAUACAAAAUUUAUUACUUACUUUUCAAGAAUUUUUAUUAUUGAUAACAAAUACAAAACUGUCUUAUUUAACAGAGGUAUCAGGCUUAAAAAAGUGUGAACGGCAUGGUAUUAUGUUGAAAAAGUUAAUUUGUACAUUAAGGAAAUGUUUAGAAAACAAAGACAAGGAAAUUUUAAUUUCUCAAGAUCUUGAAAAAUUAUAUAACAUUACAUUUGGAAGAGAAGCAUUUAUAAAGUGUGAAAGUACACUAGUAGAAAGCACUAUAUGGACAUUAAAUGAAGAAUUAAUGAAUUUAUUAUUGAAUAAAAUCAAAGAAAUUGAUUGUAAUAUUUACUUGAGCUGGGCAGAACUGGAUGAUGAAGAAAACAGUAUGAUUUCUUUACAACGUUCCAUUGCAAUUGAAAGUUAUUACUUUAUAAAACUUGCAAUGAAUGAUGAACAAUUAUCACAAAAUACUCAUUUAAUAGAAUGCUUACAGCAAAUAGCAUCUAAAUCAGAUCCUAAACAGUCAAGUUUUGCUUUAAAUUUACAAGAACUCUGUAGUGCCAUAUCAAAUGGCAAAAAAGAUCUUAUGAAAGAAUUACUAUGUAGAUACAAAGAGUGGGAUCGUUCGAUACUUGAUUUUGUUUAUAAUAAUAGAUCUUUGCUAGAAAAGAAAGACUGCUUAACUCUUUUAGAAUAUCUUACUCUUGUUCUCACGAAAUCCGCAGAAGAAGAUCUAAAAGAAUUCAGUUACACUUUAGUUAUAAAGAUAUUGUCCUCCCAAAGUAUACCAGAUAUUUAUGAAAUAGUAAUUAUGUAUUUAACGAAAUAUGAUGGCAAAAAUUAUUUAGAAUCUCCACACAUGGAAGAAGCUUUUCAUGAAUUUAUUGCACGCAAUACAAAUUUACAAACAUCGACCAAUUUAAAGACAGUCUUAUUGUUUCUUUUAAAGAACCCAAGAACAAUAUUAACUAUACUUUUAAAAAUUACUAUUGGUCAUGUUCAAUAUGGAAAUAUCAUGAUUUCUCCUAAUGACUUGCUUUUAUUAUCACCAUUUAUGCAGAUAAGAGAAGGCAAUAAUCAAAUACUUUUAACAAGUAUCUUAAGAAUUAUUUGCAUAGAAAAUACAGAAUGGAAUGCGAAAAAGUUCAUAGACUUUGUGAAAGUUGUGUUGGACAAUUCUGUAAUUAAAGUACAUGACUUGAUAAACAAUGUUUUUAUACCAUAUUUGAAUGAAGAUACUUUAAAUGUCUUAAACAUGAAUUCUAUUCUCAACACUAUUCGUAAAUUGCAAGUUAAAUGUAACAAAGAUACAAAUAUUAAAGAAUUAAUAAUAGCUCUUGCAAAAAGAAUGUCUUCCCUUAGAAAGAACACAAGUAUCUCAAAAUAUAUAAGCAGUGAAAUAUUUAGUCAAAUAACAAGAAUAUUACAAUAUUUCUUGGAAAUCAAAAACUUUUCUGCUUCAACGAAAAAGGAAAUAAUCAAUGGAAUCGAAUUCAUCAUCGAACCAAUAGAUAAAUUGCACCUCGCAUCGCUUUGGUAUUUAAUGCAAAAAGGAGUUAGCGUAAUUGAUAUAAUAGAAGAUUAUGAACGACGUUGUUUCGUGGUGUUAAAUCGAUUGAAAGAGGAUCCUAAAACUUCAGAAAAAUUACGACAUUAUUUAUCGGAUUUGAGCUUAUUGAGAGAAGAUUUCUUGCGUCAUUUAAUUAUUCGUUCGACCGAAGAAGAGUAUCAAAAAUUAGGCUCAGAACUUACUAUAAUAUAUUGGUUCGUUAUCGGAUGGAAUGACGAAAUUGAUGCGUGUAAUAAUUUUCUUCGUUUGACAAUAGAAGCAUGUUGUUUGUCUUUGGAAUAUCCAUCUAUUGGUGGGACUGAUUUAUUUGCAUUUUUACUUAAAUCUUUCACACGUUUUUGUAGAAUGUUUGUAUUACUUGAAGGAAUUGAAAAUUACGACAACAUAUAUCAAUCACUGAUUAAAAAUAUCAAUCAACUAGAAGGGAGCAUAAAACACAGUCCUUAUGAACAUUUAUUCACUAGCUGCUUUACACAUUUAAAUAGUCAUACAGAAGAUGAUUCUGUACAUCUUCUACAAAAUAUUUUAAAUAUCUUCCAUCACUUUAGUGAUCAAUGUCUUAAAUUUAAUAAUGAAUACAGUGAAGAGACAUGUAAGAUACCUCAUUCUACAAAAGUUUCUAAUUUCUAUAUAACUUAUGAAGUAAUUUCUGCUUGCAUGAAAGUACCUGCAACUGGGGCUUAUGAAUGCAUCAGAAGGAUGAAUGAAUUAUUUAUUCCAAGUUAA